AUGGUGAAGAGCACGGAGUGCAUGCUGGAUCCACAGCCCAGAGCUGAUACAUGGGCAAGCCUCUGCAGCACGCAGUGCAGCGAGGGUUUGCCUUUGACCAAGGCUGUGUUGCAAGCAUUUACCGUUGAGCAAAGUUGGAUGCCCGAUUUCGACAGCUUCUGUCGCGAAUCUAUUCCUGUGAUUGAACAGGGGAGAUUCAAUGUGGAGCAGGUCGUUCGCUCUUUUUCAGAGGGAUCCAAGGCACAGAUAGAGAUCAUGUCGGAUCGCACCAUCGGCGGCAGAAAGCUUCUGGCCAAACGGUUCCCCCGGGCAUAUCUCCAAGACGAUCCGGAGUCGUUCCGCAUAUCCGAUCCAUGCUCUUGUGAUGACCCAUGGACCGAAAUCUUUCUGGCGAUGAGGUUGGGCCAUGGAUCGUCGCGAGUUCCUGGGGUUGUCCCAUGCCAUGGGGUCUACAGAGAUUCUCGGGAGGAUGUGUUGUUGAUGUUGGAUUGGGCUCCUGGCGGCGAUCUUUUCCAGCUCGCCGGUAAUUUGGGCGAACCGGGGCCGGACAGAGAAGCCACGGCAUCACAGGUGCUUUGCUCUUUGCUUGAGGCUGUGACUGCACUUCACCGCAAGGGCAUUGCACAUGGCAACGUGAGUGCAGAAAAUGCCGUUCUGCGAAUGGAUGGCGCCGAAAUUCAGGUGGCGCUGAUUGACUUCGCCAUGGCUUUGCACGACACCGAUCUCUCAGCGGUCACGG